CAGACUGCUUUCUUGUCUAAACAGCUUUUUGUUUUAAAAUUGCUUCGUUCACAUUGAAUCGCCUACUGUUUGCACGCGUCAAGCCCAGCUGGAUUUCGCGUUGUUUGCCCAACCUCUUACGCCAGCAGUAUCACCAGAGCUCGAUCCGGAUCGUCCGCUACGCAUCCAAUGGCGGGAACCAAGCGCAAGGCCAUCACAGCAGCGGCCUCCCUGAACGCGACCAAGAAGGCGGCGACAGAGAUCACGAUCCCGACGAACAAGACAAUGCCGACGGAUUACAGCUUCAUUGAGCCGGCGCCGGCAGGGACGCUAAAGCUCGUGUCGUACAAUGUGAAUUCGCUGAACGCGGCGUGCAAGAAGGGGUGGAAAGAGUACCUGAAGGCCGAGGAUCCGGACGUGAUCUGCCUGCAGGAGACCAAGAUGAACCAGGCGCCGGCAUUCCUGGUGAGCAAGACGACGUAUCCGUUCCAGUACUGGCACUGCAGCAAGACCAAAAAGGGGUAUGCGGGGACGGCAGGUCCCAAGGGCACAGACAACGAGGGGCGGGUGAUCAACGUGGAGUUUGCGGACUUUUAUCUGAAGCUGGUGCGGCUGGACCGGCGGAUGAAGUGGGACAAAUACAUGGAUGAGCACUUGGCGGAGCUGGAAAAGACAAAGCCGGUGGUGUAUGCGGGCGAUCUGAAUGUGGCCCACCACCCGGUCGAUUUGGCGCGGCCCGACACGAACAAGCGGUCGGCCGGGUUUACGGUCGAGGAGCGCGAGGGGUUCACCAAGAUCCUGGAGAGCGCGGGCCGCGGAUACACGUAUUUCGGGUAUCGCGCAGGCGCCAGGGACCGCGGAGUUGGGUGGCGACUGGACUACUUUGUUGUGUCGGGAGCACUGAUGGACCGCGUGGUGGAUGUGGUUGUGCGCAACCAGUGCUAUGGCGCCAGCGAUCAUGUGCCGCUGGUGAUGUACCUGAAGAAGGGCGCUGAAGAAGCUGGGGAGACGGCAGAGGCGGUGGAGGCGGUGGAGGAGGCGGAGAUCGCAGAGCCUGAGACCGCAGACAAGGACAGCGAGUAGGAGGGG